AAGUCCCCGCUCACCUCAUAGAGGUUCUCAUGAUCAUGGUCAAUCUGAUUCAUAUGACCGUGAUUGGAAGCCCAGUUCUUAUGAUCGUGACCGAGAUAGACGAUCAUCAUCACGUGACCGAGAUAGAAAAGAUCGUGAUCGUGGAAGACAUGACUCACAUGAUCGCUACAGUGAAAGACGAGAAUAUAGUAGUGAGAGAGACAGGCGAGAUCAUGGAAGUAGAGAUAAGGUGGAUCGAUAUGAUGACCAUUCACGAAGAAGUGAUUCAUAUGAUCAUCAAAGACGACAUGAACAUGAAAGAGAUAAAUCAUCCUAUGUCAGAGAUGAAUAUUCACAGGACACACAUUCUCAAAGUGAAUCUGUGAGUAGAUACAGAAUUCCAGAUUCUCAUUCUUCACAUGCAUAUUCAGGAGCUUACUCAUCCCCAAAUCCAUACAGUUCUGUGCAAUCACAACAGACUGCACCAGGAUCUGGUGAUACUAAACCAUUAAAAUCUAUUUUGAAGAAGAGUGCUCCUGAUCCACCUGCAUUCACUUCAGACAAAAAUGCACCAUUCCCAUCAACUCCAUAUGGAACUCCUAAGCAAAUAGAUUCGAUAGGGCAAGCAGCCAGUGGUAAAAAAGGACACCAAAAAAUAUCACCAAAAUCGUUAUCUAGUCUACCAGGAAUGUCCUCAUAUAUGGAUAUUGAAGAUGAGGAGAGAUUUCUCUAUGGUGAUGAUAGUGAGGACAAAGCUAAAAAAGAAUCUAAACUUAAAAACUACUAUGACAGAAGAGAACCUAAUGAACAUACUCACUAUUCAAAGGAGGAAAGACCCUCUGAAGCAGGGUUUAGAUCAGAUGAUAGAUACCCUCCACGAUUUGAUCAACAAAAGUCUGAUUAUCCCUCAGAAAGAGAUUACAGAGGACAUGUUACUCCACAGCAGUUGCCUCCAAAAGAAUCGGAUCUCCUGAGUAUUUUUACAAGUCAAAGAGGACAGACAAAUCCUACAACUAGUGCAUCUUUUUCAGGUCAUCAGUCACAAAGCACAUCCCCAACAGAAAAAAAAGCCAAAUAUGAUCCCACUAUAGAAAACAUACUGAAAUCUAUUGGUUUUGAUUUUGAAAUGUCAAAGCGAAUGCAGGAAAAGGCACACCCAACCCCGAUAAAACCAAAAGAAGAAAUUCAUCAGUAUGGCAUUGAUCAAGCAUCAACAUUUCUUGGAGGAGAACUGUCUGAUGAUAUUAAAAAAGAAUUUUUCCCCAUGAAAAAUAGAUUUGAAAAAGAAUCCAUGGUUGAUGUCUUGUUAAGAGAGGCAAAAAUGACAUCACCUACAAGUGACAAACUUAAAUUAAGAAUAGAUACUGUAUCUUCUAGGGAAAGAAGGGAUUCUAUACCUUCAGGUGACAGGAGUUACACAAGGGAGUCUUACAGUGAUGAUAGAAGUAGACCUGCACCUUUAAGAGAGUCUUAUAGUGAUGAUAGAAGUAGACCUGCAGUUGUACCAGCCUCUCAGCCACCAUCACCACCUUAUGCAGUCCCAGUUAGCUCAUAUCCACCAGCUGCUACAUAUGCUGUGUCUACAGUGUCCAGUUCAUAUCCAGCAACAAGUACUGCAGUCUCAACAACACCAUAUGCAGUAUCUGGGUUUUCCUCUUUUGCUCCCCAACCUGCAGCUUACACAGGGCCACCGCCAUAUGGAAUGCCUCCCCCUGGUCAUCCUGGUAUGUGGGGACCACCACCUGGUCAACCAACCUAUGGAACUAGAUUUAUUCCUCCUUAUAGUGCUCCACCUCCAGGCUAUCCUCCAGGAUAUCCACCUGGAUAUUCUCCAUAUAGAGUUCCUCCACCUACGUCAGGAUCAUAUAAGGAUUCGUUCAAAUCAGUAGAAACAUCCAAAGGGAAAGACACUUUUACAACAACCGCAAAAGUACUACCAAAGAAACAAUCUAAUUUGAAGACUGUAGAACUGAAGAAAAUGGAUGACCCCCCUAAGAGAAGUGAAACAAAGACUGUAACAGUCAUUAGAAAAGUUAAAAAAGGAGAAAAGGGGAAAUCAAAAGAGAAUAUAGUCAGUUCUACAACGACAAGUUCAAAUAGAACUGUGUUGCCACCCAAAACAAAAACUCUAAUGAAAAAGCCUAUAACUGAGAAAUCAAGUCCAAAGUCUAGUAGUGAGAAACUGAAAAUAGUUAUCACUAAAGUAAUCCUUACACCAAAAGAGAAAGAGAAAUUGGUCAGAGAGAAGGAGCAGGUUCAACAGAGACUGAAAAUUUUAGAACAAGAGUUAGCUUCCUUACGUAAACAACAGAAUGAACUAAUGAGGAAGAGAAGAAGACAAAAGGAUGGACAUAAAGAUCCAAUACUAAUGCAAAACAGCAUUCUACAGGAUGAAAUCGCUAAACAAAUUACCAAACUGAAACAGGAAGUAGAAGAGAAAGCAAAACUUUUAAGUGACGCUUCAGUUGAAGACACACCUUCAACCCCUAAAAGAUCACGUGAAUCAUCAGCUACCAGGCAAUCUCCAUUGGCAACUGAAUCAUCUGCUAAAAAACCAAGAACAGACAAAAGAUAUAAUGAUCGCAUCAGAGAAAAACAGAAGUUAGAUACAGCAAAAAGAAAAGAUGACAUUGGUUCAAAAGAAAAACUUAAACAAGAUGAACGUCGAUCUUCAUCUGUAACUAAAUCAUCUAUAGAAAAAAAGGAGACACCAAAGGUAGAGCAACAAAAACCUAAGACUGUUGUACCUGAAUCAACUCCAACAAAGGAUACAUACAAACCUAUAAAACCAGUAAAGAAGAUAAAGUAUGAGUUCUUUGAUCCAGGAAAUCAUUGGUGUCGUACCUGUAAUGUUGUAUGUUCUAGUUUGACAUCUAUGUUGCAACAUCUUCAUGGAAAAAAACAUCAAAAUUUGGUUAACAAGUAUGACAGGCCAUGGCUGCCAGAAGAAUUGAGGACCCAAAAACCAAUCAAUGAGAAAACUGACAACAAGGAAGAUAUCAAAGUAGAAGUAACUCCAAUAAAAGGACAAGAAUUCUUCAUGGCUACCAAAGGUUAUUAUUGUACUUUGUGUAAAGAACAUGCUGGAGAUGAUAUCAGUGCUGAACAUCACAUUAAAACUGAAAACCAUUAUCUUAAGUAUCAGGAUUACCUGAAAGAAAACCCAUUUUAUGAACAGAGAUUAAAUCUUGAUAAGGCUGCUGGAAUGUCACUAAUGAAAGAAGAGGAGAAAAAAGUACAAAAAACUUUACCAAAGAAAGAGGAAGUGAAAAAACAGGAUGUGGCAAAAAAAGUUGAAGAACCCAAGGAAAGGGAUCCUGCUGCAGAGGCUAGAAAACUUGAGCAAAAGAAGAAAAUGCAAGCCAUAUGGGACAAACACAUUAAUAGUAAACAACAAGAGAAAACUACACAAAACAAAAAUGGCCAAAAUGAAGAUGAAAAGGAGAAAGAGAAAGGAAAAAUACAAAUAAAUAUUCUCAAUAAAACUGGAAUUAAACCGAAACAAGCCACCCCUCCGCCAAAGAAAAAUCCUGUUUUACCACCAUGGAACCCUGUUUCCAAAGAACAAAAAAAACAAGCAGCAAAAGUUGAAUCAGUAAGAAAAGUUUCAGUAGAAAAUGAUGAACCACCUUCUCUUGAUGACUUUAUUACUGUUGGUGAAAACCAAAAAAUACCAGUUGUUUCAGAAAAACGGAAAAUGAUUCUUGCACAGAGUUUAAUUGAUAAAGUGCAAGCAAAGAAACAAGAAACACUAGAUAAGGUUGAAAAAGAGGCUGAGGAAAAGAAUGAAAACGAGACAGAGGAAAAUAAAAAUGUUAAAAUAGAUGAAAAGAAAGAAAUAGAGAAUGAAGAAAAUAAAAACAUUAUCAACGAGGAAAAGAAAGAUUUAGACAUGUUGGCAAUUACCAAUGAUGAGUCAGAACCUAUUGUUGAGAUCAAACCUCCACCUCCUCCAUCUCAAAAUUUAUCUUUACCAACUGAAAAUAAUGAGAAAAUGGCUACAAUCACUUCUGAGGAAAUGUGUACAUUGUUUUUCUCAGAUGAUAAACAAAUUAUUGUAGCAACUGAUGAAAAGCAGAUUGUGCAAACUAAAGCUGCUGACCUGGUUGAAAUUGAUGCACAAGCCAAUGUCACAUAUAUGUCUGAUGAGGAAGAUAGCAAUAAUAAGAAUAUAAUAAAGAUAGAGGAGAAAGAACCAGUUCCACUGGAACUGGCAAAGGAUUCUGAUGUUGUUGUCAUUUCAAUUGACUCUCAGUCUGAUGAGAGUUGUGAUGAGGACACUACAAAGACAAGAAAUAAGAUAGAAAGGGCAGAUGAACAGACAGAAAUGUCUGAAACAAAGGAAGAAAAUGUUACUGGAGAGAGAGUUGUUGUAGAAACUGAACUUGGAACUGAUCAUAUGGAUGUGGAAGCAAAUGAUGAAUCAGCAGAAAUACAACAUUUAUCUGUUGUGGUAGAUGGAAAAUCAACAUGUGAAAACUUGGACUCCACUUGUGUUGAUGAUACAGUUCAAGCAUCUAAAAUUGAAGUCCUAUCCGUUAGUCAAAAUGUUUCAAAUAAAGGUCGUAGGAGACCUAAAAAGGCUGAUGCAAAAAAUAUGACUGAAGUAACAAUAAUUGAUGAAAAUGAAGGAAACACGAUUGAAGUAGUGUUAGGUGUAAAAGACACUACUGAGAAAAAAGCUGACAAUGUAAUAGAAGUAGUUCAGACACAUAGAACAUCUCAGAUACCAGCACCAAAAGCAGCACUGAGAACAAGGGAGUUAAGUAAUUUACAUGAUGUUAAUCCAGAACAAAUUGAAGAAAUAAAAAAUACAUCCAAAAUUGAGACUAAAAGUAAUAAAAAAAAAUUAAAACCAGAAAAUCGUACACUUAUUAAGAAAACUAGAUCAGCUAGAAGAAAGUCCAUGGAAAGUAAACAGGCUGAAAGAACUAAGUAUGUCCCAAAAAGACACUUACAAGUUGAUAUUGUCUCUAUUUCAGACGAUGAAGAACGAAAUGGAAAAUAUGAAAAUGUAGAUAGUGCAUCAGAUUUUUCUGAUCCUGAAUUAGAAAAUAUUUCAAGUUCAUCUGAGAAAUUUGUAUCUGACAUUCAGGAACAUUUAGAAAAUGUCUCCAGUGAGUCUGAAAUAGAUAAUAAUGAUGAUGAUCUAGAAAAUAUAUCCAGCGAUGAAAUGGAAAGUAAUUUAAUGAUGGUUGAUGAAGUUGGUGAAGUUGACGAUUUUGCUGAUUUUGACUUUAAUGAUGAUGCAAAUGUUGUUGACCAAGUUGGUGAUUCUGACGAGGAAAUGGAAGUGGGAGGUGGCAAUGGGAAUAACAGAAUGCAGAAAAUGGAACUAGAAAUUAUUUCUGAUACGGAAGAUGGUGAUUUUAACAAAGAUGAUGAUGAUAAGAAAGAUGGACAAAAUAUCAUUGACAAAACUAAUGAAGGUGAAAAAAGCAUUGACAAAACUAUAAAAGAGCAAGUUGAUUCAAAACUGAGCUCAGAGAAUGUUGAAAAUGUGGCUACGGGUAGUAAGAGGAUCGGAGAAAAAGAAAAAAGUAACAACCUUGUAGAAGCCUCAGGUUUAAAUGUAGAUGCAGAAAAUGGGAAAUACUGUGAACAAGAUAGUAAUGAGAUUGAAAAGCAAACAAAACUGCAGGAAAUUGGUAAUGACAGCAAGUCAAAAGUAAUUAUUGAAGCUACUAAGGCUGGUGAUAAUUUGUCUGUUAAAAACGAUGAAGUUGUAGAAGAAAUCCAGGAAGAUUCUGAAACUAAAUUCAAAGAAAAUAAAAAUUCCACAUCAGAAUACGAAAUCCUAUCUGAACCUAAGAAUGAAGUUGAAAGAAUUACAAUGGAUACAAUACACAAGGUUGAAGAUAGUACUGACACAUCAGAAGAAAUUUCUAAAACUGACAUUUCAUCAAUGGAGGAUUCAUUGCAAGAGGAGGAUAUUCCAGCUAAAUCUACAAGAGGGCGUAAAAGGGGCAGAGGGCGUGGAAGAGGUGGAUCAAGGAGAAGUGCCAGGAGAGGAAGAUCAGGUGCAAAAAAACAAAAUGAAAUAGAGGAGAAUAUUUACACUGAGCAAGUAGAAGCUGAAGAAAACCAGGAAGCUGUUGAUGUUUCAAGUAAUAUUCAAAAUAUGGAAGAAUUAAUUGACGAUAAGGAUCAGAAUCAAACUGAUGAAAAAACAGAAGAAACAGAUCCAGAUACUUUAAAAAGAACACCAAGAAGAGGACGGUCAGCUGCUAAAAUGCAUACUGAAAAACAAGAAGAUGAGGAAACAACAGUAUUAGCUAUUCCUGUAAAUGCUUCAGAAAUGCUGAUAGAUAAUAUUUUCAUUUCACAUACUGAAAACCAAAAUAAAAAUGUAGAGGUGAUUAUUGAUCCAAAUGAGAAAUCAGGUACUGAAAAACAAACUGGUAACAAUGAGGAAGAAGAAGCAAAUAAAGUAGAUGUAGUGCUAAAUGAAGAAGAGAGUGCUCAAAGUGUUAUCCAACAAAAUAGAGAAGAAACAACUUCUUUUACUACUCCGACAAAAAAUGACACAAAAUCACCAAACAUGGAACAAUCAAGCAUGGUAUUACAAACAGAAACAUUGGCUAGUGAGGAAGAUAUGGUUGAAACUAUCGAAACAAAAAUGAAUAUAUCUGCAGAUAAUACAAGUGGAAUUGAAAGUGUUCAAAAAGAAAUUGACAGCUGUGAUGAGAAAAAAAAUGUUACUGAGCCAGAAAUCAUUGAUUUAGAUAGUGAGGAUGAGACUGAAAAUGAAAAAAAUAGCCUCUCUGGAUCCUUGCAUACAGACGAAAUUGACAGCAUGUCUGGUAGAAAUAAUAAGACACUGAGUAAAGAAACAAAACCUGAACUACUAUCACCUGAACAUCAGACAACAUCAGAAAUAGUUGAAACUGUGCAUGUGGUUAAUGCAAAAAAGGACCAGCUUAUCUCAGGAUUUGAAGUGUUACAAGACAAUGAUAAUGACCAGAAUGCAAUUAUUGUUUCAGCAAAUGAAGAACAAACAUCAACAGAAAUAUCAACAGAAAUAGCAAUGGAAACUAUCACAGAAUCUAAUAUUGAUGAUAGUGACAUUAUACCUAUAGAAAUGGAUGAGCUAGUUCCUCUAGAAAGUUUAAGUGAAUCACUGGAAGAACAUAAUGAUGAAGUAGACCGUAACAAAUCAUUGGACUCUGGCAAUGAAGAAGUGCAAGAAAAUUUUGGUAUUCAACUUGCAGACAAGAAAAUAGAAUUAGAGAAAACCUCUGACAUUAAUCAACCUGAUAAGAACAUUGCAGAAGGGCAGAUGGUUUCAUUAUCUGAUAACUCUGACUUGACAAGUGAAAACAAUCAGUCAAAGACACCAGUUUGUGUUGAAUUAAACAUUGACAAUUUAGAAACAUUCAAUUUAAAUAUGAAAUCUGAUUUAUCUGUAUCAAUUGACUCAUUUGAAAGCAAUAAAAAUAGCAGUGUUUCUGAUUUAGUUCAUUUAGAAUUAGACAAUAUUGAUCAUUUACCAAUCUUGCAAGAGGAUCAUACUAGGGACUCAGACAAUGGAAGCUCUACUAGUGAAAUCAAAAUAGAUGUUGUGCUUGAGGCAAUUGACAGUCUGUCACGCAUUGAAUCGCCAGAAAAAGCUGUUCAUUCCAUGCUUAAAAAAUGUGACGAAACUAAAACUAAACAGGAUGAUGCAGAAAUGGUGACUGAAAAAAUAGAAGUGAAGGGUGAUAUUGGAUCAAGCAGCCAUGUUAAUGUUGAAAAAGAUGACCAACCGAGCAGCAAGGAAAUUGUUGAAAAAGAUGACCAACUGAGCAGCCAGGAAAUUGUUGAAAAAGAUGACCAACCGAGCAGCAAGGAAAUUGUUGAAAGAGAUGACCAACUGAGCAGCCAGGAAAUUGUUGAAAAAGAUGACCAACCAAGCAGCCAGGAAAUUGUUGAAAAAGAUGACCUUGGAAAGGAUGUUGAUGUAAAGGAUAGUAGUGAAAGUAUUGAUAUCAGUUUAACUGUACACACUAGUGAAAGUAGCUUAAAUCAAGAUUUGGCUGUAAUGCCAACAUUGGAUGGAAAUGAGACUGAUAAUGAAGAAUUACAUGAUUUAGAACAUGAGGAUGCUGCCAGUGUAGGAAGUGGUAUAAGCAUGGAUAUGGGAAGUGAUUUUGAAGUUUUAGAUGAAUGUGAGUCAGACUAAAAAUUUCUGGAAAUUAAGUGAUUCAUAUAGAAAAGUGAAUUCAGAUUUCAUCAAAGUGGAUUAUUAUUUCUCAUCAACUAAAAGAUUCUUAGUGUAAUUAAAAGUGGAAAAAUUCAAUUUUAUUAAAACAGUGCUAUGUUCUUUCUGUUAUGGAUUAAAGACCUUACAGACUUAUCUGGACGUUCUCUGCAUGUUCCUGAUUCUCUCUGGAAAAAUUUUGAAUAAAUCAUAGAUAUAUACAGAAAUAAGUUGACUUUAUAAUAUUCACUGUACAUUAAAAUUUAAAGAAUUUCUUUAAAUGUCUUUAACAGGAUAUCAGAGAAAUUUUUACUUUGUUGUAAAUAUUAACAUUAGCUUGUAAUAUUGUUCAGAUAAUAUACAUAUUACAGUACCCAUUGCUUUAUAAAAAAUCCUGUAAAAUAUUGAAAACCAUAGUAUAUUUUUUCAUUUAUAGAGUUCCCAUACCACUCUCAAAAUACUUUUUUCCUCACUAUUAUUAGCAAGUACUAUACUUGGACAAAAAAAAAUCAUGUGUGAACAUAUAUAUCAUUUUAGUUAUAUUUCUAGAAUAAAUUCACAUAUAAGUUAUAAUUGCUUACAAAAGAAUUUUCUUUUUUCAUAUAAGUGAUGAGUUACUAGCAGAUGAUAAAGUGAGGAAUGUAAUGUGUAGAAAAGUGGGUUACCAAAUAUAAUUCUAUUGCUUAUGAUAAAAAUAAUUCCUUAAAGCAAUGGGUAUAUACAAGUUUACUUGAAAUAUGUUGUUAGUUGUUAAAGAUUCUUGUUAUUGUAUGGAAUUCCAUGUAAAAUGUUUGUAAACAAGUUGAAUCUAUAUAGUGUUCACAUUGCAGUUUACAAGAUUUUUAAAAUUAUGUUUACCAAGUAAAAUCAUUCUUAUUGUAUACUUGAA